AUGGUUCAGCGUCACCAGUGGCUGGCCUUUCAAUCACCAGGCCAAGAGCUCUACUUCGGCCAGGCAACCUGGUUUGCGCGCUUCCACCCCGAGAAGCUCCCAUCAGCAACGGAGCGGUAUGUCAAUGAGGUUCUACGAGUGACCGGUGUCCUGGAGGAGGUCGGUGGUAAAUGCACAUACGCCGAUUCGUCUUUCGUUACCUGGGCUGUUGUCGGUGAAGGCCUGCUGCGUGAGUUGAACCGAGCUGAAAAGCCGGCGAAAUAUCCCCGAUACACUGCUUGA